CGAGGAAAUGUGUUCUAACGUGGUGGAGUGUGAUUUGUCGGAGAGGGAGAGGCAGCCGGAGGCCGUGGAGUGCGUGUGUAAAGGAGGCCCCACGCUGGCUAUCCUGCAAGAGGUGCAACGUGGGUACGAGGAGAGGAUGGCUCUGAUAGAGCGGCUCGGCGGUGCCAACAAACUACAAAUGCAAGUGGAGGUGCUGCGCGGAUGGGUGGGCGACCUGUCGGGCCAGAACACACUGCUGGCGCGCGCUGUCGAAGAACUGGAGGCUGAGGCGACCUCACGCUUGUUGCUUGAGAAGAGGCGCCACUCUGAGAUAGUGUGUGAGUUGCGCGCCGAGAGAGAGGCGCUACGGCGGCGGCUGGCGCGCAAGGACUCCGACCUGCGCGGGCUCGUGGAGGUGCUGCGCCGACUACGCGAGUCCGACUACUGCACGCUCGACGGGAUACACUUCUUCGAGAUCACCGAGUCGCAGAUAUUCGGCUCGCCCGAGUGGCGCCAGGAGAAACUGGAGGAUGGCGACGGCGUCGGCGACAUCAAAAGAAAACACCGAAGCAAGACUUGAACAGACUGCAGGGGGGAAUUAGUGAACAGAGGGCCAAUCGCCUAACCAGAUUGCUUUGGAAAACGCUAUCGCUUACGAUUUCAUUUUGUUAUU